UUCUUUAAGUAUAUCUUAGAGUCUAUUAAUAUAUUCUACUAUAGUAAAAUAGCUAGUAUAUUAUUAUUUAUAUUAUAUACCCAGAAACCCCUUAAUAUAGAGAUAUUUAGAUUUAAUUAUCUAAAGGAUAACUAUAAGAAUUACACUCUUAAAAAGCCU